GCGGCGGCGGCGGGGAGCCGGGAGGCGGCGGCGGGGGCGGCGCCGGGCGGCCGCCGCAGGUUCAUGAGCAUCUAAUGAAAAGGCACUUGACAGUCGGCCAGGACGCACGCGAGGGAGCGCGAGCCGGCCGGACCGCGGCGCCGCCCGAGCCAAUCGCGGGGCCGGCCUGUCCAUGGGCGAGCCGGGGGGGGGCGGGGGGCGCAGCCGGCCGGGCCGCGGCCGCUCCGAGGUGAACGGCGCCCAGCCGGGCUCGCGGCGCGGGGAGGCCGGGCGCGCCGCCGCUAUGAAUUCCGCCGAGCAGACCGUUACGUGGCUCAUCACCCUGGGGGUGCUGGAGUCGCCCAAGAAAACCAUCGCGGACCCGGAGGGCUUCCUGCAGGCGUCUCUGAAGGACGGGGUGGUCCUGUGCCGGCUGCUGGAGCGCCUGCUGCCCGGGACCAUCGAGAAAGUGUACCCGGAGCCCCGGAGCGAGAGCGAGUGCCUGAGCAACAUCCGCGAGUUCCUGCGAGGCUGCGGGGCCUCCCUGCGCCUGGAGACAUUUGAUGCAAAUGAUUUGUAUCAGGGGCAGAAUUUUAACAAGGUCCUCAGUUCCUUAGUGACUCUAAACAAAGUAACAGCAGACAUCGGCCUGGGAAGUGACUCCGUGUGUGCCCGGCCCUCAUCUCAUCGGAUCAAGUCUUUUGACUCCCUGGGAACUCAGCCUUCGCACAGUCGGACUUCAAAAUUGUUCCAGGGCCAGUAUCGAAGCUUGGACAUGACCGACAAUAGCCACAGCCAGCUGGUUGUGAGAGCCAAGUUCAACUUCCAGCAGACCAACGAAGACGAGCUCUCCUUCGCCAAGGGAGACGUCAUCCAUGUCACGCGGGUGGAGGAAGGCGGCUGGUGGGAGGGCACGCACAACGGCAGGACCGGCUGGUUUCCUAGCAACUACGUGCGGGAGAUCAAGCCGAGCGAAAAGCCUGUGUCACCCAAGUCAGGAGCGCUGAAGAGCCCCCCCAAAGGAUUUGACACGACUGCCAUUAACAAAAGCUAUUACAAUGUGGUGCUACAGAACAUUUUGGAAACAGAAAAUGAAUAUUCUAAAGAGCUUCAGACUGUGCUUUCAGCCUAUCUACGGCCUCUGCAGACCAGUGAGAAGUUAAGUUCAGCAAACACUUCGCAUUUAAUGGGAAAUCUAGAAGAAAUAUGUUCUUUCCAGCAGAUGCUUGUUCAGUCUUUAGAAGAAUGCACCAAGCUACCGGAAGCUCAGCAGCGGGUCGGAGGGUGCUUUUUAAAUCUGAUGCCGCAAAUGAAAACCUUGUACCUUGCGUAUUGUGCCAACCACCCAUCUGCAGUGAACGUCCUCACGGAGCACAGCGAGCAGCUGGGCGAGUUCAUGGAGAGCAGAGGCGCCAGCAGCCCGGGGAUCUUGGUGCUCACCACCGGCCUCAGCAGACCCUUCAUGCGCCUGGACAAGUACCCCACGCUGCUCAAGGAGCUGGAGAGACACAUGGAGGAUUAUCAUCCAGAUAGACAAGAUAUUCAGAAAUCCAUGACUGCCUUCAAAAAUCUCUCGGCCCAGUGUCAGGAAGUACGGAAAAGGAAGGAACUGGAGUUGCAGAUUCUGACGGAGGCCAUCCGGAGCUGGGAGGGAGACGACAUUUCGACCCUGGGUGGUGUUGUGUACAUGUCUCAGGUCAUGGUUCAGUGCGCCGGGAGUGAGGAAAAGAAUGAGAGAUACCUUCUGCUCUUCCCAAAUAUCUUGCUAAUGUUGUCUGCCAGUCCUAGGAUGAGUGGUUUUAUCUAUCAGGGAAAGCUACCGACGACAGGAAUGACCAUCACAAAGCUUGAGGACAGUGAACAUCAUAGAAAUGCAUUUGAAAUAUCAGGGAGCAUGAUCGAACGCAUCCUGGUGUCCUGCAGCAACCAGCAGGACCUGCACGAGUGGGUGGACCACCUGCAGAAGCAGACGAAGGUCACGUCCAUCGGCAACCCCACCAUCAAGCCGCAUUCCGUGCCGUCUCACACCCUCCCCUCACAUCCGAUCGCCCCGUCCAGCAAACACGCGGACAGCAAGCCGGUGCCCCUGACGCCUGCCUACCACACGCUGCCCCACCCCUCCCACCACGGCACCCCGCACACCACCAUCAACUGGGGGCCCCUGGAGCCUCCAAAGACCCCCAAGCCGUGGAGCCUGAGCUGCCUGCGACCUGCACCUCCCCUGCGGCCCUCGGCUGCUCUCUGCUACAAGGAGGAUCUUAGUAAGAGCCCCAAGACCAUGAAAAAGUUGUUACCUAAGCGCAAGCCCGAGCGGAAGCCUUCAGAUGAAGAGUUUGCGCUGCGGAAAAGCACAGCUGCUUUGGAAGAAGACGCACAGAUUCUGAAAGUCAUCGAAGCUUACUGCACCAGCGCCAAAACGCGGCAGACGCUCAACUCAACAUGGCAAGGCACUGACCUGAUGCAUAAUCACGUGCUGGCUGACGACGACCAGUCAAGUCUAGACUCCUUGGGUCGUCGCAGUAGCCUUUCCCGUCUGGAGCCUUCAGACCUCUCGGAAGACUCUGACUAUGACAGUAUAUGGACAGCCCAUAGUUACAGAAUGGGUUCGACCUCUCGUUCACGCAAAGAGUCUGCUCCCCAAGUUUUGCUUCCAGAGGAGGAGAAAAUGAUAGUUGAAGAAACCAAGAGUAACGGUCAGACGGUGAUCGAGGAGAAGAGCCUCGUUGACACGGUCUACGCACUAAGGGAUGAAGUCCAGGAGUUGAGACAGGAUAACAAAAAGAUGAAGAAGUCUCUCGAAGAGGAGCAGAGAGCCCGCAAAGAUCUGGAGAAGCUGGUGAGGAAAGUUCUCAAGAACAUGAACGACCCCGCCUGGGACGAGACCAACCUCUGAGGAGCACUGUCGCUUCUUCCGCCAAGACCAGCGAGGAGCCCCAGCCGGGGGGCCCCACAGCCCUCGCCAGGGGGACCUUCAGGGCUACGGGGCAGGGCUGGUACAAAAGUCAUCUUUCUGGGCAUGGAAAAGACAGAGUUUAUCCCACAAAUAGACAUGGUCACACCGUUGUGAAGAAUCCAGACGCGAGGUUUAGACCCUGAGGGCUGGACUGCGUCAGUUUUACUCUGUUAACAUCUCAAUUACCUCAUUUUGCAAUAAGUGCGGUGACUACAAA